UCAUCUACUACCGAUGCACCAACUACAGAGGCAUCGACAACUAAAGUACCAACAACCAAAUCUUCUACGACUGAUAAACCGACUACGGCAGCAUCAACUACUGAAGUACAAACAACAGAACCAUCCACUACCAACGCACCAACAACAGAAUCAUCUACUGCUAAUUCACCUACAACCGAAUCAUCUACUACUGGUGCACCAACUACUGAGUCAUCUACUACUGAUGCACCAACAACAGAAUCAUUAACUACUGAUGCACCAACAACCGAAUCAUCUACUACCGAUGCACCAACUACAGAGGCAUCUACAACUGAAGUACCAACAACCGAAUCUUCUACAACUGAUAAACCAACUACAGCAGCAUCAACUACUGAAGUACAAACAACAGAACCAUCCACUACUGACACACCAACAACAGAAUCAUCUACUACUGAUUCACCUACAACCGAAUCAUCUACUACUGGUGCACCAACUACUGAGUCAUCUACUACUGAUGCACCAACAACAGAACCAUCCACUACUGACGCACCAACAACCGAAUCAUCUACUACUAAUUCACCUACAACUGAAUCAUCUACUACUAGUGCACCAACAACAGAAUCAUCUACUACUGAUGCACCGACAACCGAAUCAUCUACUACUGAUGCACCAACUACUGAAUCAUCAACUACUGAUGCACCAACUACAGAGGCAUCGACAACUGAAGUACCAACAACCGAAUCUUCUACUACUGAUGCACCAACAACCGAAUCAUCUACUACUAGUGCACCUACUACUGAGUCAUCUACUACUGAUGCACCAACAACAGAAUCAUUUACUACUGAUGCACCGACAACCGAAUCAUCUACUACUGAUGCACCAACAACUGAAUCAUCAACUACUGAUGCACCAACUACAGAGGCAUUGACAACUGAAGUACCAACAACCAAAUCU